AUAUUCUUAUCUUCUUGUGUUAGAUUAUCUUCUUGUUGUAUCUAAUCCAGAACGUGAGACUUGGUGGUGUAUUUCCAUUGAUUCAUACAACCAUUGGUUCCUGCUCGUAAAAAAGCUUCCCCGUCAGAAACGGGAAGCUCUCCGCCCAGUUCCAGCCUCCAUGCUCCUGACGUCUUCCUGCUUUCCGAUGAAGCACAGCUCUGGGUCAACGUGACUCAACCAUAGACUGAAUCCUCAAAACUUUGUAAUUUUGUGGAGGAAGAAUAUUGACUCUUGGCAGCGGAGGUGAAGACGAAACCAGGGAAGGACGAGUGAAAAGACAAGAUGACUGGAAGGACUGGAAGUUUGUCCUUGUUCCUUAUAGCUCGGCUCUUUCUGAUGGUGGAAUCGCACACGGGCCAAGUCUUACCACCACAAAAUCUGUCCCUGCUGUGGAUUAACGACUUUCAACCUCAGUUGACCUGGGACCCACUGCAGCAUUCAGCGGUGAAUUGCACCUUUCAGGUGCUUUCAUAUAAAACAGGAAUAUCAGAAGACAGCUUUACGGAAGAUCUCCAUUCCCCUCCCUGGACCCGCCCUACCACCGUGAUGAACGGAGGAUUUCUGCAUUUUUCCGUUGUAACUAAAUGUGAUAACAGAGAGAGCGAGCCGGCUGUCCUCAAUGUCUCUUAUCCAGUGAUGAGGGACGUGCAGUGCUACAGGUACUCCUCAAAUGACGUUACCUGCUUCUGGAAGCCAGCUGCUCCCAAGCAAAGUGUUCAUUUUUUCUAUCGAGUGGUGAAAAAGUAUCAAUCUCUAAACGAGGUUACCCCUUUACCCCCUUUGCAAGAGUGCUCGUCAUAUAAUAUCACCCUAGGCGUCAGGACCGGCUGUAGGCUGCAGUCCAACCUCCAACAGGAAAUUCAGAUUUUGUUCAACGGGACGGUGAACAACACGCCUUUCAGGAACACUUUCAGCAAGGACAAUAUAAAUGAUGUGAAAGAAUCCCUUAACUGGACAGUAAAAAAAGAUGGGAAUAAAUUCACCAUCGGAUGGAAUACUCCUGACAUCACAAGCGGUUUUCAGGCGUUUCAGAUCAACUACACUGAGUGUCAGAAAAAGAAGGAUCUGUUGAUACAAGACAUAAAACAAACAUCAUAUGAGCUGAACCGGCUGCCUGACUGCCAGUACCGCAUGGCAAUGAAAGCUUGUUACUCAAAAUUUAAUACAGAAUGGAGCGAGGAGAAAUAUUUUGAUGCAGAGACGGAUGCUUAUGGGUGGGUGUAUGCCGUCGUCCUCACCCCAUUGGUGCUGGCUGGCCUGACAGUCCUGACCUUUGUGUGUUGCAGGAAGAUUAGGAUUCACAUCUUCCCUCAAGUACCACAACCUCGGGACCACCUCACAGAUAUUUUUGACAACAACAAUAAGAGCACUGUUGGCAAUAUGUACAUCCCAGCAGAGGAAGAUGACUUCUGUAAAAUCACACUGUUGACAGAUCCUGUUGAUAUAGACACAAAUGGAGCGUUUCCUUCCAGCCCAAGUGAGAAUAAAGUAAAAUUUUGUGAUGAGAAUUCAUCAUGAGCGAGUGGCAACUGAAAAAAAAGAAGAUAUCAACUUGGAAAACAAUUACCAUGAUUUUUAUUUGUGCGAUCUAAACAAUCCCUUGUUCUGCAGCAAGUUGCAACUCAUUUUUAUGUGCAUCUACAUGCAAA